AUGGGUAUUAAUGAGCAGAGAGUGGCACUCACUGAAUUAAAAGAAAGAUUAUCAGAAAGAAUAAAUAAAAUGAGAAAAACAAGAGAAAAAGGGUUACCACGUAAAACAACUUCUAUUUUCUUGUAUUUUACUGGGUUUCUCAUGACAAUUAAAGAUUUCGCUAUAAGUCUAUUUUUUAUAUUUUCAUCAAAUAGUACACAUAGUGUCAUAAGUAAAGUAAGGUACUUAAAUAUUAUCAUAGAAGAAACAAAAAAAAUUAAAGAAGAUUUAAUGCUAGAACAUAAUACACAUAGUGUAAUAAGUAAUGACACUAUCUCAGCCAGUACUGAUAUUGAUGUAAGAAUAGGCAAUUACACUGGGAAUACAAAAGAACACUUGGCCUUAUUAAGUGAUAAUGCUAAUACAACGGUAGACCAAAUAUUCGCAUUUAAUGCUAAUUAUAAGCCUAAUAAGCUAAAUAUAACGGGCAGAUCAGUAAAGCCAUGGACAAAGCAGUCUAAGACUGGCUUAUUUAUAUUUAAUGUGUUAAUGGGCAUAAUUCAUGUGGUAAUAUUGGGUUACUGGACAUAUGUAGUGUAUAACGUAAUAUUUAAUACAAAAUAUGAAAAAUUUUUAAUUGAUAAUGAAAUUACCAUAAAUAGUAAUAAAUAUCAAAAAAUCAUAGAUAAUCAUAACAUAUUAUAUUGUGGUACGAAAGAGGAAGCAAAAAAAAUAGAAAAAAUAUAUAAAACCAGUGAGAAUACCAUAAAAGGAAAAAAUACUAUAAAAGGAAAAUAACCGUUAUAAAACUACCAUAAAAGGAAAGAUACUAUAAAAG